UGCGCAUUUGCGCCUUCCUGCUCCUCCGCCUAUUUGACCUCCAAUUCGUUGAAAUUGGGCCAUUCACCAGGCCGCCACUGUCUACAUUCCCCUUUUCGAGCCUCGCAACGUGGUCUUCCACAACCAACCCCGCCAGUGGGAAAUCAUGGAACUCAUCGAUAGCGCACAGAAUGACCCACCAGAAUCCCGUCGCCGGUCAGGCAGAGUGGCUCGCAAGCCCGAAAUCUACUCGCAGGAAUUUCGCGACAAUGGUGUGCUCACGAAUGGUGCUGGCAAAAGAAAAAGAGUAGCGGAAUCGCCUGACGGAGAAGACGAUGAUGAAGACGACGAGUCCGAGGAAGAGGAUGAAGAAGAGGACGACGAGGACGACGAGGAUGAGGGUGAGCCAGACGAGGAGGAAGUGAGAGCCCAACGACGAGCGCAGAGAGCAAAAGCAGCCGCUGCAAAGCCUGCAACUAAGCGCGCAAAGACAACCUCCGGGACCAGCACAGCCUUGGCCAUUCGGUCAGCUAACAUUCAAAGAAAACCUGCUGUACGUGCCUCAAAAUCAAGCAAAGCGCGUGCCCGACCCAGCCAGGCGCAUCAACAAGGACUCUACGCCGAAGUUUUCGGGAGGGGACAGUCGCCCGAAGAUGCCGCCUCUUCGUGGUUUGAAGCGGCACAAAAGGACAGUGUCCGAGCGUUGCGAGACCUGGUCAACUUUAUCCUCCAAUGCAUAGGCUGUAACUCGAAAGUCGAGCAACAGGAUAUUCAAGAUCUGGACUCAGUCCCGAGCAAACUUGACGAUGUUCUUCAGGAAUACGAACAGCAAAAGCCCCCGGACUACCCACUUAUCUCAAAGCACAAAUAUUACGCAGGAUUUCAGGGCGUCCUGGAGGAAUUCUUCAGGGCUAUCAUCAGAGUACUGCAUACGUCCUCUGCCUUCUAUGACCAACCCGAAAUUUACGACAACAUCCACGUCUGGGUUGCCACAAUGUCAGGUGCAAACUACAAGUCCUUCAGACACACUGCGACGAUAAUCUCCUUGGCUAUGAGCACUGCUCUUUGCGAAGUGGCAAAAGAGUUGCAGGAUAUUAUGGCAACGUCAAAGGCCCAACUUGAUGCCGAGAAGAAGAAGAAGAACCCUAACAAGGGCCGAAUCAAGACCAUUGAAGAGAGUCAGAGAGCUGCCGAGAUCAAGCUUGACGCUAUCGACACUCAGUUGCGAGACGCCUUUGAUACGGUCUACGUCCACAGGUACCGAGAUGUAGAAGAGAGAAUUCGUGCUCCCUGUGUUGCAGCGCUGGGAAACUGGAUCGUGCUUUACCGCAAAAUGUUCCUCGAAGGCCAGUAUCUGCGAUAUCUCGGCUGGGUCCUGAACGACACGAGUGCCCGUACCAGACUUGAGGAUAUCAAGCAACUGAAGAAAUUAUUCAACAACAAGAACAACAUUGCCGCUCUGAGAGCCUUCACCGAUCGAUUUCGGUCAAGGCUGGUGGAAAUGGGCGCGAGGGAUGCCGACACCAGCGUAAGGGUGGAGGCUAUUGAGCUGCUCGACCGACUCCGAGAUGCCGAACUUCUGGAACCCGAUGAUAUCGACACCAUUGGACGAUUGAUCUUCGACAGUGAGCCUCGAAUCAGAAAAGCGGUCGCCAAAUUCUUUGUCUCCAACAUUGAAGACCUUUAUCGAGCAACGAUUGAGGACUUCGAAGAGACUCUGUACGAUGCGGCGCUUCCGGAUGCGAAAGACGUAGAGGAGCUGAUGGUUCCCACUAAAUCCUGGAUCAAGUUCAAGUGUUUGGGGUCGGUCCUUGCUGGAUACGACAACGAUGAAGAAUCACUGGAUGGGACGACUGUUCAGCCUCUGGCUAUGAAAUCCAUUUCAGACUCGCGGUAUACUCUUGCCACACAGUCGAUCUUCCCUUACAUGACAGAGUUGCACAUGUGGGAAAACUUGGCAGGCUAUCUCCUCUACGAUCACACUUCCAUCCCAUCGCAGGGCGACGAUGAUGACAUCGACUUCCAGGUUCAGCAAGCAUACAAGCUGAGUGCGGGCGAAGAUACCAUCCUCCUAGACGUUCUGCACGCAGCCGUCAAAUCAUAUCUGCAGUCCAUACUAGAACCUCCGGCCGGACGCAGAACCAAUGCCAUGAGAGAUCAGAUCCGGGAGAAACAAGAAUCGGCAGCGCAGAAUCUAACGGCCCUGCUUCCUCAAUUGUUGAACAAAUUCGGCAGUGCGCCACAAGCCGCGUCCUCCAUCCUCCGUAUUGAACAGCUGCUCGAUAUGGGCUUGAUCAAUGAGUUACAGAGCGGCGAAGCCAGCUAUUCGGCAAUCCUCGACGAUAUCACGAAACAAUUCACGUCCCACUCGGACAAGCAAGUUCUCGCAGCGGCCAGUGCAGCUCUGCGGAAUGCGCGGAGCUACGAACCGAGUAAAGAGGCCGCCAAUGCGAAAGUUCAGGAGAUUUGGACUGAAUCCGUCACAACGUUGGCGAAUCUUCUUCAAGGUGAGGGUAUAGGGACACGAGGCACGCUCGACAAGCCUUCACUUGCUGAGGUUGUGAACACCAUCAUUCGGCUCGCUGAGCUGGCAGGCGUGCAUGACUGCAGCCAUGUGAUUGAAGGGAAAUUUGGGCCUGGACCGUCGAGGAAACGAAAAGGCAACACAGGCAGCCCGCCAACUCUGCUCAGCCUGUUGUUGCAACUCUUACAAAGGGGUGUACCCGACCAGGACACCACGGCUGCUUUUGCGGAGCUCGAAGAUCACUUAUGCGCUGCUGUCGUCGAGCUGUUCUCGCGCUAUUUCCGCUGGAAAAUGUUCGGGCUGAAAAAGGCGAUCAACACCAACGACGAGGCACAGCUGUCCACCACCUCAUUGGAUGAGUUCGCCAGGACACGGAGGGAAUUCGUGGACAACAUCGCCUCUGUGAUUCAAAUGCGCAGGCCUCUUGACCCAGUGCGAUACCAAGCUAUCCUGAGUGUGCUAGAGCUCUUCGCCCUCUUCGCCACGAUAAGAAACAUGAGGCCUGAGAAAGGUGACCUGGAUGAUGACUUAGAACAGAAUCUGCGGAGUCUGAUCACGUAUAUUCCAGACGAUAUUGUCAAGGAAGUCAUGAUCACGUACGAAAAGAUGGAGCAAUCGUUCGCGAAGAAGACGCAUCGGAAGAUUGAAUCCAUCAGUCAAAAAAGAAAACCAAAAGGUUCGGCCGGUGGGAACGAGGAAGAUGAAGAGGAUAUUGAGAAACCGCCUGAAGAUUCGGAUGAGGAACGAGAUGGAUCAGAUGACGGAGAGGACGAGGAUGAGAUGGAUGAGGACGAGGAGAGAAAGAAAGGCAGGAGUGCAAAGAAACAAGCUGCCCUCCUGACCGAACAGAAGCUCUGCGAAUUGACGAGCAAAAUCAUCUUUACGCUUGUGGGCGGUACGAUCCGCAAUGAAAAGGCUGUACGGGAACGACUUAUGCUGAAUCGCACAAAGCUGGGCAAGAACUAUUCUGUCUUGGUGGGGUAUUUGGAUGAAAAGAAGAAACCAGCAGAUAGGAAGGAGGCAAAGGACGUUUCAGAAAAGGAGAAGGCUGGCAAGAAAGGGGAUAAGGAGAAAGACAAAGCCGGCAAGAAAGCAAUCUCGGUAGAAAUGGUGCUGGAGGAUGAUGACAUCGAUGAUCCCGAUGCACCUCUGAAUGAGGAGGAACAGGAUGAAGACGAGGCGCAACGACAGCGCGAAUUGCAGGAAGACGAGAUCGAGGACCAUGGCAGUGACGAGGAUGAGGAUGGUGCGCCGAAGGCGCGAGAAGGUUCACCAGAUGGUGGGAGUGACGACGACGAGAUCAUGGGCGAUUGAUUGCUGGGAUGGAAAAGGAGUCUCUCUACCUGUCUACGUGGGGACGUACUAUUGCGCUUUAUGCCAGGAAGACUCGCGUGCUGUAUGCUCUAUACGUCUACAUAGAUUCAUGGCGCGAUGGCUGGAUAGCUAGCUAUGUAGCCAGCUACACCGGCGGGCGCCGGUGUGCUGGCCUGACAGUCUUG